GAUAGCACAAAAAGGCUUGCUCUACCCCAUAAUUGGCCUUGUGGCCUGUAUGACUUUCAUGUACAUAUCCAUUGGGGGCUUUGGAACACAUGAAAAGGAAUCACAACUGAGCUUCGUAGGAAGAGAAGGAACUCAGUUCAUCAACAAUGGAAAACCAUUCUAUGUUAAUGGCUGGAAUUCAUAUUGGUUAUUGAUUCAAUCAGUGGAGGAGAGAAACAGGCCAAGGAUUACUGCAAUGUUUGAAUCAGCUGCUGCUAUGGGACUCACAGUCUGCAGAACUUGGGCUUUCAAUGAUGGAGCCUACGAUGCUCUUCAAAUUUCUCCUGGAAAAUUCGAUGAAAGAGUUUUUAAGGGAUUGGAUAUGGUGAUUGCAGAAGCACAACGGCAUGGGAUCAAGCUGCUUCUAAGCUUGAUCAAUGACUGGUCAGAUUUUGGUGGCAAAAUACAGUAUGUUAAGUGGGCUAAGGAGGCUGGACUCAACUCUAUCAGCUCAAAUGAUUCUUUUUUCUUUGAUCCAUACAUCCGCAGCUGUUUCAAGAAUUAUCUUAAGACCAUAAUAACCAGGAAAAACCAUUUAACUGGAAUUGAAUACAGAGAUGAUCCUACAAUCUUUGCAUGGGAGCUUAUGAAUGAACCUCGCUGCGAUUCAGAUCCAUCUGGAACUACUUUGCAAAAUUGGAUUGAAGAGAUGGCGAGCUAUGUAAAAACGAUUGAUAAUAAGCAUCUCUUAACGGUCGGCAUAGAGGGAUUCUAUGGUCCAUCAAGUUCUCACAAAUUCAAAUUCAACCCAGGAGAGUAUUUCAAAAAUCUAGGCUCGGAUUUUAUUCAGAACUCUGAAGUUGCUGCCAUCGACUUCUGCUCUGUUCAUAUUUAUCCGGAUCUCUGGUUGCCGGCAAAGACAACUUUGCUUGAGAAGAAAAUAUUUGUUUCCAAUUGGGUGAUCUCCCACAUCAAAGAUGGAGAAGAAGUGCUUAACAAGCCAGUUUUGUUCACAGAAUUUGGCCUAUCAACCAAGAACAAUAAAACUAGCUACAGCCACCGAGAUGAGUUCUACAAACACAUAUUUGAUCUAAUAUACAAGUCUGCAUUGAAUAAAGGAGCUGGAGCUGGAUCUUUCAUUUGGCAACUACUAGUUGAUGGCAUGGAUAACUUAAGUGAUGAAUUUGGAGUUGUUCCUAAGAAGAGGCCAACACUCUAUAGGCUGUUAAAGGGGCAAUCUUGCAGGCUGGCAAAGGUUUCUGGUGUCAAGAAAUGGGAAUGGUUUCAUUCAGCUUUUGAAUCUAAGAAGGAAUGGAGAGUUUCAGAGGGAGAUUGCUGAAAAAAAUGCAUUUUGGUUGAGAGAUUGAGAAGAAAAUGAUGUUUCAGUGAGAUUUUAACGUCUUCAUAGGCUCAAUGGGAAUUUCACUGAUGUUAAUUUAGUCAAUGUAGAUUAAAUAAUAGUGAGUUAAGAAAGAAACUUAUCUUCUUCAUGAUGAGAAAUUUUUAUAUUGUGUGCCUAUCCAUAGUAGAAAAAAUAACGAGGAAUAUAAGAAAUACUGUGCUUUCUGUUGACCUCCACACCAGAGCUUAUAUAUAUAUAUAUAAGUUUGCCAAAAUCUCUGCACAUCCUGCUUGAAUCCUGCUCAAAUCCUGCCCCAUUCCUUUAUCCUGCUCAAAUUGGCACCGAAUUGUCUCUUCACGCCUGAUAAUGAUGUUCGCGCUCUCAUCUCCUGUUUCAAACUGCCACCCUUGUCGAUAAGCGAAGAUGAAGCGAAGUCCUUCGUUCUUCUUUGACACGAGAGCUCUCCCAUUCCUCUUCUUCUUCCUAUAAGUGAGUAGCCUGCAACCAAGCUCUUCAACCACCUGUCACCUUCACUCCACAGUCGAACUUGACUUCCGCCUCUACCUCCCGAUCUCCACUACCUAGAUGCUCGAUCCUCACUAACUAGACGCUCGAUCCUCAACCCAACAUCUGACAUCCACAGCUUCCGUUCGACCCCAAAUCCCUCACCCAGUUCGUAGUCGGCCUCCCUUUUUCCAUCGAGCUCCAGCCAAUUGACCACUAUCCAUUUCUCUCAGCUCAAACCCAAUUGCCACUUGCUGCUCAAGCCCAUCCCCUCUUCACACGCAGUAGCCACAAGAAUCCCAGCCUCCUUCAAGUAAGAUCCCGCACCCGAUCUCACGCCUCAACUCCACAAACACCGGCUUGACCCACAAACACUUUCCAACCAAAACCUCCACGCUCGAUCUAUCCUGUUCGAAGCUGCUCCAACCCCAUCGACACUCAACAUUACGCAUGCACUCGACCCAUUUCCCUUAUGCUGAACCAUGCAAAACCGACCCCCCUUCCCAUCCAAUCCUCAAGCCACCAACCCUCCGACUACCGCACUCGCUAGAUCGAACCCUCCAGCCACAAAUCACCAAAUCAACAACCCGCUUCUUCCAUGCUCAACUCCGACCUCCCAGAUCACAAUCCAACCUCAAGCCAUAGCCGACCUUACCUCACUUCCAAUUGAACCCGACCAAUCCCUCCACUGUUCAAGGCCUGUAACUGAUCAACCUCCACUCUAACCCAUCAACCAUCUGG